GUAAAGGCUGGAUGUGUUUUCGUGAUAGUAACACUGCAGAGGAAGUGUCCAAAGCAGCCAAGUUUAUCAUUCGCGCAGUACAGAGUGAAACAUUCAAAGAGGAGUACAGGUGCAUGAAAGCAAAUCAGCCACUUCCAAAACAAAGUUGUCUCCAAAAGUUGAACCCUGUCAUUGAUGAAGAUGAACUCCUCAGAAUAGGAGGACGCUUGGCACCUGCUGACCUAACAAAAGAGGAGAAACACCCACUCAUUAUUCCAAAGGCUCAUCAUAUAGCUGUCCUUCUUAUUAGAUACUAUCAUGAAAAAGUAGCGCAUCAAGGGCGCCUCAUAACAGAAGGAGCACUCAGAGGAGCUGGCUUUUGGAUUAUUGGCAGUAAACGGCUCAUUUCUUCUGUCAUUCACAAAUGUAUUCUUUGUCGAAAACUCAGAGGACAAGUGCAGACUCAAAAGAUGGCAGAUUUACCCAUUGAUAGGCUGACACCCAUGCCACCAUUCACUAGUGUUGGACUGGACGUCUUUGGGCCCUGGACAGUCACCACACGUCGCACCAGAGGAGGGAGUGCAGACAGUAAACGCUGGGCUGUACUUUUCUCCUGCAUGUCCACAAGAGCAGUGCACAUUGAGCUCAUUGAAUCAAUGUCGACGUCAAGUUUCAUCAAUGCUCUAAGAAGAUUCUUUUGCAUCCGUGGUCCUGCUCAAAUGCUUCGCUCUGAUAGAGGGACUAAUUUUAUUGGAGCAUGUAAUGAGCUGCAAAUUGAUCACAAGGACACAGAACUGAAUGCUUACCUGCUGGAGAAAGGAUGCACAUGGCUGUUCAACUCCCCACACUCUUCACACAUGGGAGGAUCAUGGGAGCGACUCAUUGGAGUUGCGAGGCGCAUCCUGGAUGGGAUUCUUUUGAAGGCCGCACAUAUCCAAUUCACACAUGAAGUGUUGAGUACAUUCAUGGCAGAAGUAAUGGCAAUAAUGAAUGCAAGACCACUUGUACCAAUCUCAACAGAUCCAGACAAACCAAACCUUCUCACACCGGCAAUGCUUCUCACCCAGAAGACCAAUGCAUUAUCUGCACCAACAGGAAGCUUUGCACCACCAGACCUUUACUCAAAGCAAUGGAAACAAGUACAGUGUCUGGCAGACUGUUUUUGGAAACAAUGGAAAAGUGAAUACCUAUCGACUCUACAGCAACGGAGAAAAUGGACUGAUGAUAAACCGAACAUUAAAGUUGGUGACAUUGUGUUAUUGAAAGAUGCUCUCACACACAGAAACAACUGGUCCAUGGGAAAGGUUGUAAGAACAUUUGAGAGUAAGGAUAAUAAGGUUCGAAAAGCAGAAGUAAAAACUGUGAAAGAUGGAAAUGAAAAAGUGUUUUUAAGACCCAUUGCUGACAUAGUUUUGCUUUUGUCAGAGGAAAAUUAAGAGUGCUAUAACUGUAAACAGUGUAAAAUGUUUAUUAGAAAUGUUAAUUGUAGUGGCACAAUUGUAUUGUACCAGGCGGGGAGUGUUCUGGCUUUUGUAAGUUAUAAGUUACACCGUGUGCACUUUUUGUAAAAUUGCCCUAGAACUCCCUCCAGUGGUUGUUUUGUAGCAUUGUUUGUGGUUACAAAAAUACAGGAAGUAGACAGAUUCAAGAUGGCGGAAUGUAAUGCCGAAUGUUCGUGAAUUAGGCUAAUAUCAAUCGUGAAACGUUGUUGUUUUGGACAAGAUUUGUUCUUUUACGAUGGUCGAAAGUGGACAAUGGUCAGAGGCCAUUCUUCAAUAAAGCAGCAAAAAAACGGAAAGAGAAGUUUCUUUAUUGGAGCAUCGUUAUCUGGCUGUCUAGCUGGUGAAAAACAGGAAACUCAAAAGCGAGGACAGCACAAAUACAUUUAUUAGCUUUUUAAGCUUUAUUUGUGAUACAGUAUCUAAAAGCAGGUAUUUAGUGAAUAAAAGGUGUUAUUUUCUGCUUAUGUCUGGUUGUGCAUUUGCUGCUCAUAAUUAGUCCCAUUUAGAUAAAUAUGCAGUUUUGGAGAUUGGUCUCUUUGUGUGUAUCUGUGUGUUUAAAUUAUUAUUGACAAUUUCCAAGAUACCAUGUAUGAAAUACUGAGUGCAAAAUGAUAAUACAAGAAUAAAUUAUUAAGUGUGGGUUUUCUCUGGGUGCUCCGUCUCCUCCCACAGUCCAAAGACAUGCAGCUACUGGGGUUAGGUUUAUUGGUGAUUCUAAAUUUCUCACAGGGGUGAAUGGUGGUCUGUCUCUUUGUGUUAGCCCUGCGGCCGCGGACCUUGAGUCUGACACACGUGCUCUAGCUGCUGCGUCUCUCGACUCUAUCGUCUCUGCCAGCAAGCAAAGCUUCUCUUGGCAUUGUUUCAUUCAACAGGCACUGUUUGCAGGUUGCGUCACUUGCGUUGUGGUUUUCUGUUUCUGUUGUGGCUUUUGUAUUUAUGUUGCGGCUUUUGUAUUUGACCUGACACCUCUGGGCCACCGUAC